AUGUUAAGCCAGACAGUUUACUCCCUUCUGGCGACAGCCGCGCUGCGUGGCGCUGUCGUGCGCGCAGCUUGUGGUCACAACACCUCAGCUACCCAGAGCUGUGCUGCUCUGGGCCUGAAGUUUCCGUCCAAGGUCUUCUACCCUGGUGACACGGUCUACGAGUAUGAGACUCAGGCCUUCUGGUCAAACACGGAGCUGAUGAACCCAACGUGCGUGUUCCGACCCGAAUCUGCCUCAGAUGUCUCUGGUGGUGUUGGUUUGAGUCGCGAGUCCAAGACCAACUUCGCAGUUCGAGGCGGUGGACACAUGGGCAUCAAGGGAUCCAACAACAUUGAUGAUGGCAUUCUCGUGGUCAUGUCUAACCUGACUGCCCUGGAGCUCUCGGACGACAAGAGCACCUUGACCAUGGGACCCGGUCACAGGUGGGGCGCCGUCUACAACUACUUGGCUGACUAUGACCUCGUUGUUCCUGGCGGUCGUCUUUCCCCGGUUGGCGUUCCUGGGCUCCUCCUCGCUGGUGGCGUCAACUUCUUGGGCAACCAGGUUGGUUGGUCUGCCGACAGCGUUGUCUCCUAUGAGGUCGUCCUCGCCGAUGGUAACAUCGUCAAUGCGACAGCCACGGAUAACUCAGAUCUCUUCUGGGCCCUCAAGGGAGGCUCCAGCAACUUCGGCAUCGUGACCAGCUUCGAUAUACUCACCUACCCCUCUACCCAGGUAUGGGCCGGUGUUUACAGCGUCUCCGGUGACAACAUGGACGCUCUGCUGGCUGCCGUUGCCAACUUCUCGGCAACCAACACUGAUCCUCUUUCGCAUAUUGUCCCACAGACUGUUGUCGCCACCGAGGACAGCGCGAUCGGCGCAGUCAUCCUCUUCUACGACAGCGCCACUGUGUCGCGCCCCGACUGCUUCCAGAUGUUCUACGAUAUCCCCAGCAUCGCGGACUCAACCGGCUUCAAGACUCUGGCGUCGUUCGCUGUCGAGACAGGCGCGCUUGUGACUGACCACAUCAACGAUGUCUUUGUCGCCGGCACUACUGUCGGCAAGACCUACGAUGAGCUACUGAAGGGUGUCCAGAUCACCAACGACGUCUUCUUCAACGCGCUGCCCGACUUGUAUGCCGUUGUUCCCUUCGCUAACUUGAGCCUCGUCAGCAUCGACUGGCAACCGAUCGGAGACCUGUGGCAGAGUGGCUCGGAGAAGGCCAACCCUACUGGCAAUGCUCUUGGGGUUGACCCGGCUUCCAAAGGAGUGUACCUUUGCUGGGCCGAGGUAGUCGAAUGGACAGGCAGUGAGUAUGACGAGGCAGUCAUGGCGUGGGUCCAGAACACCACGGCGGCCAUCAAUGCCGCCACCCAGGCUGCUGGCAUCUUUGACCCGUUCAACUACAUGGGAGACGCAGCCGGCUUUCAGGAGAUCUAUGCUGGAUAUGGCGCGGAGAACGAGGCCAAGCUCCUGGACAUCUCUAGGAAAUAUGACCCUGAGCGCGUCUUCCAGACUCGUCUUCCCGGCGGUUUCAAGAUUGGCCUAUAG